AUGGCUUCCCCUUCCACAGCAGCGGCGACGGAGGUUGAGGCCAUAACAGAGCGCUGGGCGGACUGGGUGCUGCAUGCGGAUGAGGCCAAUGCAUUCACGCCGGUCAGGGACGUUGACGGGGACGCAGGCGAGGAUGCAGUGGAGACGUGGAGGGUGGUUGGUUGUUUCCUCACGCAGAAGAUGAUCAAGCUUGAGUUCAUGCGACAGGUUCUUGCGUCCGUAUGGAAACCGGUCAGAGGCGUUCAGGUAACGGAGAUUCAAAGGGACCUAUUUUUAUUUGUUUUCUUCCACAAAACGGACAUGGAAUACGUCCUGAAUGGCGGUCCUUGGGCGUUUGAGAACAAUGCACUGGUAUGCCGUGAGGUUGUAGCAGGGGCAAUCCCGGGGGAUGUGCCGCUCGAUGCGAUUGAUAUGUGGCUACAACUGCACGAUAUGUCCCAGGGUUAUACAUCUCGGGCUAUUCUUAAACAGGCAGGUAACUUCCUGGGAACUUUUGUCAAGCAUGUUGACCGUUUUGAGGGGGCCCCAUGGCUUACUUUCCAUCGCAUUUGGGUGUCGGUUCAGGUGGAUAAACUGCUUCGUAGACGGAUGAAGUUGAUGAAGAGGGAUAAAAAUACGACUUGGGUAACUUUUCGGUAUGAACGGUUGCACAAAUUUUGCUUUUUCUGUGGCUUCAUGGGGCAUCUGCAUACGUUUUGUGUCAGGGCAAGGGAGGCUGGAAUACCGUUGGAAUGGUAUCCGUUUGGUCCGGAUAUGCGAGCUGGUGGGUCCCGGAGCGCUCCUAGAGCGGUUGGGACUUGGGGAUAG